AACAACGUGCACGUGAUUCUUCUGAGCAUUUUGGUUAUUGGCUAUCUGAUUAUUUCAGUUACCUUAUAAUUGGAUCCAUACAUCUGAUUUUUCUCCUCUAUCAAAGAAUUUCUAUUGGUUACUUUAUUUAAAACCUAUUCGACCAUGCCGACAACUCCGAAAGCUGUAUUAACGCUCUCUGACUUUACGCAAUUGAUAGAGUCUACAGAUAAAAUCGUACUAGUUAGCUUUUGGGCAAAAUGGGCUGAUGCUCAAUGUGAGCAAAUGAAUGGUGCUAUAGCCGAAUUGCGUAAGGAUUCUGUAGUUGACUCAGCUGUAACCUUCGCGACGGUAGAAGCAGAAUCACUGCCAGAUGCAGCUUUGAGAGCAAAAGUAACAUCGGUGCCAACAAUAGUCAUUUACAAAAAAGGAACUAUUGUGGAUAGAAUAGAAGGCGCAAAUGUACCGGAGUUGACAAAGAAGCUUCGAGCUCAUGUCGAUACCAAUGUUGCUGCAACUCAACAACUUCCAAUUGAGGAGAAAUUGAAACAAUUAAUUAAUAAAGAACCUGUUAUGCUCUUUAUGAAAGGUUCACCGAAUCAACCGAGAUGUGGUUUUUCAAGAACUAUUGUUGAUAUAUUAAAAAGUUAUAAAGUUAAAUUUGGUCAUUUUGACAUUCUCCAGGACGAUGAAGUUAGACAAAAAUUGAAGGAAUUCUCGAAUUGGCCAACUUAUCCUCAACUAUACGCUUCUGGAGAGCUUUUGGGUGGCCUGGACAUUGUUAAGGAAAUGGUUGAAAGCGGUGAGCUGUUGGAUAACCUUCCUAUUGAAAAAGAUAACUUGACAGAAAGAUUAAAAGCAUUGAUAAAUCGCUCUAAGGUUAUGCUAUUCAUGAAAGGUUCUCCGGAUCAGCCUAGAUGCGGAUUUAGUCGUACAAUAUGUUCCAUUUUAAAAGAUAGAAAUGUUACUUUUGAUCAUUUCGAUAUACUGACUGAUGAAGAUGUUAGACAAGGCUUGAAAGAAUUUUCCAAUUGGCCAACAUAUCCACAAUUAUACGCCAAUGGAGAAUUAGUUGGGGGUCUAGAUAUUAUUAAGGAAAUGAUUGAAAAUGAUGAAUUUGACGAAGCCAUUUCCUCUUGA